UUCAGUGAAGCCUAAGUUACCUAGACUUCGGUGAUUUCACCGAUUUUGUACCGUCAAAUAGGUUGGAGCGCUCACUGAAAAGUACACACAAUGGCGCACAAGACAUCCGAAUCUGCCGCCUCGUUGAAAAGAAAGGCAUCGAGUGACAAGCACAGCGCCGGCAAUCCGGCGAAGAAGGCGAGGACGGCAGCCGAGCUUAAGCGGCAAAGGUCCGACGAUGACAAGAAGGCUACCUCAAGUCGAGGAACAGGGAAGUCAAAGGAGCACAGCAACGCAGACGCGAAGACGGUCGAGCGGCCAGGCCAGAGCUCCCGCGAAGCCCACGCAAAGCAGAAACAACUAGCCCAAGAGCGCAAGGCUGCAAAGCCAUUGGCCGACGAAGUGCAUCGGACGAAGAAGCUCUGGGAACAGCUGCGCCGGAAAUCCCAUGUACCGAAGGAGCAGCGGCAGCAACUUGUCGACGAGCUGUACAGCAUAAUCACGGGGCGCAUCAAGGACUUUGUGCUUAAACAUGACGCUGUGCGAGCGGUCCAGACUGCCAUCAAGUACUCUACUCCGGCACAGCGCAAGCAGAUCGCAAAGGAACUCCAAGGCACUUACGCACAGCUUGCUGAGAGCAGAUACGCCAAGUUCCUGAUCGGAAAGCUCCUUACUCAGAACGACGAGGAGAUCAGGGACCUGAUCAUUCCGGAGUUUUAUGGAAAGGUGCGGAAACUCAUCAACCACGCCGAGGCUUCAUGGAUCUUGGACGACAUCUACCGGGGGGUGGCUACGAAAGAACAAAAGGCGCAUAUGCUGCGAGAGUGGUACGGGCCAGAGUUUGCCCUGUUCAAGCCAGGCGGCGACGCCGAGCUUACUGCCGAUCUCAGCAAAAUCCUUGCCGCGGAACCCAGCAAACGAGUGACAGCGUUGAAGUAUCUGUUCGACAUGAUCAACGGCCUGAUCCAGAAGAAGAUGACAGGCUUCACCAUGCUCCAUGACGCUAUGCUACAGUAUUUCCUCAACCUCAAGCCCGAGAGCGAGGAGCUGAAAGAGUUUGUCGAGGUUGUCAAGGAGGACGACAACGGUGACUUGCUGAAAAACAUGGCAUUCACCAAGUCUGGCGCGCGUCUCGUAUGCUUGCUCCUGGCUCUGGGAACUGCAAAGGACCGGAAGCAAAUCAUCAAGACAUUCAAAGACACUUUUCAGCUCAUGUGCGGCGACCCGCACGCUCACAUGGUUAUCCUGACUGCGUACGACGUCAUCGACGAUACCGUCUUGACAUCCAAGACUAUUUUCCCCGAGAUUUUUGGGAAGAACGAGGAGAAGGAUAUCGAAAACAUCAUCUUCAUAGCCAACGACCUGAACGCCCGCAUCACGGCUCUCUAUCUAUUCGAAGGGCAGUCAAAAGCUCUUUUCCCAGCCAGUCAUGCCUAUGAUUUAGAGCUGCUCCGCGAGAUUCACGAAAUCCGCCAAAAGACGAGCAAGAAAGAUGCAGAGGUCCGGCGCAAGGAGUUGGUGGCAGCCAUGUCCCCUCCGUUGCUUGCAGCAGUCGCGACGUCACCGAAGGACCUGGUAGCUACCUCUUUUGGGUGCCAAUUUGUUACUGAUGUUUUGCUUUCCGCGACUGGGGACAAAAUCGCGGCCUUGGAGGCUAUAGCCUCGACAGCUGCCGGCGACCCGGAGCCAGCCCAAUCUGAAGAGGCUGACCCUCUCUAUCCACCACCUCCCCACAUCUCUCUUACCCCUCACGGGGGCAGGAUGUUCAAGACAUUGAUUUCCGGAGGAAAGUUCGAUAAAGCAGCGGGUGCUGUGAAGAGAGUAGACCCACCACUCAACUUCGCGGACGUCCUCUACCCUGUUAUCAAGGAACAUAUCAUGAAGUGGGCAACCGGGCCAAGCUCUUUCACAGUGCUAGGGUUGUUGGAGGCUCCUGACUUCUCCUCUAAGAAGGAGCUGCUCAAAACUCUCCGCAAGAACAAGGCGAUGCUCGAGGCGGCUGCUUCUGGAGAUGGGAUUAGCACGGCUGAAAAGGUAGAUGCGGCCAAGAAGAAGACGAAAGGAAAGGAAGCUGCUCCGAAGGAGGGCAAAGCUGGAGGGAACCAGGGGGCAAAGCUUCUGCUGGAAAAACUGGAGGCCUAAAGCUAAGGGAUGAGUAUCUCCAAAGGCCGGCUGGAAAUGGUGAUAUGUACUAGGGGCAUCACCUGGUCUUAUGUGACAUUCAGCUGUGGGGGGCUGCUAUUUGAGACCCUUGGACGACUGUCCGGCUCCAAUAUCAGAGAGAGAAUGAGCUGCAGUGUCUGGCUACAAGAGGCAUUGUCUAGCGGCGCUUGGUCUGCUGCUUGUGGCCAAGGCUACCCUGUUUGCUCUGUCUAUCUUGCAUUGGAACAAUAUAAUCGCUUAGCCUGUCUGACUUUGCCCUGUGCUCCUCGGUCGUCUGCAGUUCUGUGAAACGUGGAAGGGUAGCGUCAUAUCGAGAAAUGUUCUGGAUGGCAAGUUGAAUGAGUCCCUCAAGCCAACAUCCUCUUGGUAAGCCGCCGGG